UAUUCGGCAAAUAUAGAGCAUCGCAUUGCGUUACUCACAUCAUUCAAAUACCCGGCGGAGAGAGAAAGCGAAUUCGUUCUUCUUUCCCAUUCACAAUCCUGUGAAUCCACCACCACAUGCAGAAAUCGUCGAAUCUCCGGCGAUCUCCGGUGGAUACACUCCCAUCUUCAUCCUUCCAUUAAACCAAAUCCAUCUUACCUUAUGAUAUUGUUUGAGAAGCUCAGUUUCUCUCCUUAUCUUAGCCGCUUCAUUGCCGGCAUCCUUCUUUUGAUUUUUUGUAAUUCCUUUCAGUUGGUUUCUAAUUUCCCUAAUCCUAUACACCCGUUUUGAAUCAUCCAUAUUCUUUCGAUUUUGAUUUUGAUUUCGAUUCAAUUCAAUUCAACCUUCAUUCGAAUCUCUCAUUAUUAAUUCAAGUUUGACGUCAUCGUUCAUGGACCCUAAACUCUUUUUCCCUAACAAUUUUCUCGAUGGCACUAUUACAUCACUCAUUGAUAACCAACAAAGACCAGCUCCGUCAGUUAUAGUUAUUGGUGCUGGAAUAUCAGGGAUUGCUGCAGCACGUAUUCUCCACGAUGCAUCUUUUAAGGUCACCCUAUUGGAGUCACGCGAUAGGCUCGGUGGCCGCAUUCAUACCGACUACUCGUUCGGUUGUCCAGUUGACAUGGGAGCCUCAUGGCUACAUGGAGUUUGUAAUGAGAAUCCUUUGGCUCCAUUGAUACGUUGCCUAGGGCUUACACUGUAUCGUACCAGUGGUGACGACUCUGUCUUAUAUGACCAUGAUUUGGAAAGUUGUAUGCUUUUCGACAUUGAUGGCAAUAAAGUUCAGCAACAAACGGUGGUUGAAGUUGGAGAAACUUUCAAGAGAAUUCUAGAAGAGACGGGCAAAGUAAGGGAUGAGCAUCCUGAGGACAUUUCAGUUUCCGAAGCGAUUUCAAUUGUGCUGGAUAGGCAUCCACAACUAAGGAAACAAGGACUUGCACAUGAAGUGCUGCAAUGGUUUAUAUGCAGAAUGGAAGCUUGGUUUGCUGCUGAUGCAGAUAUGAUUUCAUUGAAAAGCUGGGAUCAGGAACAUGUCCUCUCUGGUGGUCACGGACUCAUGGUCCAAGGAUAUAAUCCUGUUAUAAAUGCUCUUGCAAAAGAUAUUGAUAUACGCCUGAACCACAGGGUGACCAAGAUAUCCAAUGGCUACAAUAAGGUAAUGGUUACCUUGGAGGAUGGCAGGAACUUUGUUGCCGAUGCUGCUAUCAUCACUGUUCCAAUUGGAAUUCUGAAAGCCAACUUAAUUGAGUUUGAACCAAGGCUUCCUGAUUGGAAAGUUUCUGCAAUUUCAGAUCUUGGUGUAGGCAAUGAAAACAAAAUUGCACUAAGAUUUGACAAAGUGUUUUGGCCUAACGUAGAACUUCUAGGCGUUGUCGCCCCUACCUCAUAUGCCUGUGGCUAUUUUCUCAAUCUCCAUAAAGCAACAGGCCAUCCAGUUCUUGUUUAUAUGGCAGCUGGCAGGUUUGCUUAUGACCUUGAGAAGCUAUCUGAUGAGUCAGCUGCAAAUUUUGUAAUGCUACAGCUUAAGAAGAUGUUUCCUGAUGCUUGUGAGCCAGUUCAGUAUCUUGUGUCACAUUGGGGAACAGAUCCGAACUCUCUCGGUUGUUACUCUUAUGAUUUGGUUGGAAAAUCAAUGGAUGUGUAUGACAAGCUUCGUGCGCCUUUAGGUAAUCUAUUCUUCGGCGGGGAAGCUGUAAGCCUAGACAACCAAGGAUCUGUGCAUGGAGCUUACUCUGCUGGAGUUAUGGCUGCUGAAAACUGUCAGAGAUACCUUUGGGAAAAACAAGGCAAUUUAGAAAGCCUGUCUCAAGUUUCUGUUAGACAUGAAACAUUAGGAACAAAUUUUCCUCUUCAGAUAUCGAGGAUAUGACUUGUUUUCAUUAGGAACAGAUUUUCUUCUUCAGAUAUGACUUGUUUUCAUUUGCUUUUGAAAAUAAAAGCUUUUAUUUGAAUUUGCACAUCAAAAUGGCAAAGACAAAGUGUUGUACCCAUUUGGGAAAUAAUAAAAUCAAUAACUAUUUUGGAUAGUCA